GUGCCAAUAACCCGGUUGCAGUGAGUAAUUAAAGGGUAUAUUUGGGAAUAUGUAAAAUGAUAAGAAUGGAGGUGAGAAAUUUGAUGAGUGGAAAUAGCCAAGCGCUCAUUUCUCCCUCACUCCACUGUUUCUCUCUCUAUAUUCACCGCUCACACCACUGUCAAUCCUUCCGUCUUACCAAUGCGGCGGCGCUACUCCGGCAGUCCUCCAUCCUCCAUCACUCGAUUAUCUGAAUCCAAAUCGUAAUUUGGAAUUAGUAUUGAAGAAUGGCAAAGCAGUUUCAGUCUUUCUUCCUCGAAGAAUGGUUAAAGAGCGUUUCAAUCAUCAAAAGCAACAAGAAUAGUUCGGCGCCGUCUUCUUCUUCUUCAUCGGCUCAAGCAAUCAUCCAAGCAUGGGCUAACCUUAGAGAUUCAAUUCAACAUCAGUCCUUCGAUGCUCGUCACUUUCAAGCCUUGAAGAUCCUCGUUAGUUCUCAAGCUGCUCUUCACGUUGCAGAUCCACAGGCAAAGCUUUUAGUUUCGAUUUUAUCUUCGCAAACUCUCUCUCUCCCGCACGAAUCUUAUCCCCUUUUCUUUAGGCUCCUCUACAUUUGGGUGAGGAAAUCAAGGCAAACCUCUUCGGUUCUUGAUUCUGCUAUCGAUGCUCUGUUGCACGUUUUCUCUAACCGAUCUCAUAUCGAAAAAAACUCAAUUUUCUUUUCUGAAGGGAUUCUCCUCCUCGGCGCCUUUUCGUUCCAAAAUUCCGCAUCUGAUAAAUCCAAGAUCCUCUGUUUGGAGUUGCUCUGGAAUUUACUCGAAGAAGAACACAGAAUUCUUUUCUUUUCCGAUGAGCUAGCUUCCCUUACUCUCGCAGGGGCUGGUUAUGCUCUCUCCUCCUCUGUGAACGUACGUUUCAAAAAAAUUCUAGAUAUUUUAUUGAAUAUUUGGGGUCGAGAAGGUGGGCCGGCAGGCAUUUCUCAAGGACUUAUGCUACUGCAUCUUGUUGAGUGGGUUGUAUCUAAUUCCUUGAACUUACGUUCCUUGGAAAAAAUCGAUUUUACGAGAGAGAUUUUGGAAAACGUCGAAAAGACUCAUUCUUCAUUUGCUGUGGUCAUGUUUUCAGCUGGAGUCUUAAGGUCAGUUAAUAGGUCCGGAUCAAGUGGUUUUAUGCACGUUAAGAAAUCGGCGGAAGAUCGAAUUGAGACUGUUGCAAGUGACUUGGUACUUUCUAGAACUAAUAGUUUCGACUUCAAUAUACAUCAAGUGCUUCUUCUGCGAUUUAUAGCACUAGCUUUGGCUCGGAGUGGUUCAGUCUCGUACAAACCUUCUCUUCUCGUAUCACUUGCUUUGGCAUUAGUGACUGAAGUCUUCCCUUUGCAGCGUAUCUAUAAUAAAAUUCUUAAAUUUCCCGAAGAAAAUUGGGCAACAGUACUUGACGAAAUUAAAGAUCAUCAAAGUAGCUUCAUAUUUAAGGACGCAGGCGCGAUAACUGGUGUCUUCUGCAAUCAAUAUGCAUCGGCCGACGAAAAUAGUCGGAGUACAGUGGAGAAUAUCAUGUGGGAUUACUGUCGAGAUGUUUACUUGUGGCAUCGGCAGGCAAGGUUGAUGCUUGCGGGCAGGGGCGAUAUGGUAAUUAGCGAGAUAGAGAAAAUUGCCGAGUCGGCUUUCCUUAUGGUUGUGGUUUUCGCAUUGGGAGUUACGAAGCAGAGGCUACUAAACCAAGAAACUCAAUUACAAACAUCGGUUAGGAUAUUGAUUUCGUUCUCUUGCAUGGAAUAUUUCCGAAGGAUGCGUUUGGCGGAGUACAUGGAUACGAUUAGAGCUGUUAUUGUGAGCGUUCAGGAGAGCGAAUCAGCUUGCGUCGCGUUCGUGGAAUCUAUACCUUCCUACAAUGAUUUGAUUAAUAAUGACGGUUCUUCUAUCUUGACAAAAUCGGAGCAUCUUUGGUCAGUUGACGAAGUGCAGACUGCUCGUAUAAUAUUUUACAUGCGCGUAAUUCCAACUUGUGUUGAUCGAUUACCCGCUUCUGUGUUUAAGAAGGUCGUGGCCCCCACUAUGUUCCUAUACACGGGACACCCGAAAGGAAAAGUCGCGAGAUAUGCACAUUCCGUAUUUGUAGCUUUCAUAUCAUCCGGAAAAGAUCCUUGUCCGGAAGAAAGAACUGAACUGAAAGAGCAGCUCGUGUUCUAUUACAUACAGAGGUCGUUAGAGGGAUAUCCCGAGAUUACACCGUUUGAAGGGAUGGCUUCUGGCGUUAUUGCUCUCGUUAGACAUCUCCCUGCAGGUAGUCCAUCUAUAUUUUAUUGCAUUCAAAGUCUAGUCGAGAAAGCCAGUAGCAUGUGCAGUACAGUCAGCAUCGACGACAGUGAUUUGUGGAAGAAUUGGGAAGGAGAGUUGGAAUCUUCUAAGAAGAUUCUAGAUCUUCUUUUACGGUUACUCGCCCUAGUUGAUAUACAGGUACUACCGAGUUUGAUGAAGUCAUUAGCGCAGCUAAUGGUGCAACUACCACAAAACGGGCAGAACAUGCUUCUAAAUCAACUGUAUCAACAAAUUGCGGAAUCUGAUGACGUUAUACGUAAACCGGCUCUGGUUUCAUGGGUGCAGUCUUUGUCUUACCUUUGUACUCAAGGUACCCGCGGUAAAAAAUUACCCCAAUUGGCCGGAGACACCUCGUUUGCGAGUUCGACGAGUAUCGAUAGUAUUAAUGCACGGCUCUAAACUCGGAGGGCAAAAAAGAUGCCGGUUGUGCUACUUGAUGGGUGUGCAGAUUCCGCUGGAGUUUCACAUAGGUAAUUUCUAUACAUAGGGGUUUUUUAGUCAUUUCGAUCAGCUAGUUUUUGUCAACCUAAAGUUUUUGUCAAUCUAAAGUUAAAUGUAAUAAAAUGUCCCACGUUGUACCAUCCACAGUAUUCGCGCUGUUGUUUAAGUUAUUCGCACACAUGUAUUAAGAUAACUAAUAAAUAUGUAUUGAUUUUAGGAAAUAGUCUGUAAUAAGACUAAAUUGCCCUCCAACUUAUACUAUCUUUAAUA